AUCUCGUACACACACACACACGGAAUGCAGGAAGCAGCACAGCAAUCUCUCCCGCCACACGCGUAGGCGUAUUCCUUUCCUUGACGCAUUCCACAACCUCUCUCUUUAUUAAUUUGCUCAUCCAUCCAUGAAUCAAAUUCGUUCCUUACAAAUAGAAGAAGCAAGCAAAGCAAGCUGCUACGCGUUGCGUUGCGUGCAUCAUCCACGUCGUCGUGUUCCUGCUGCUCCCCCUGCCCUGCCUGCCUCCUGAUAUGGCAUCUUCUUCCUCCUCCGCCUCGGUCCGGCAGAGGCCAUCUGCCGCCGCGGCGCCAGCAGGUCACGGUCAGCAGCAGCAACCGAUCAUCCUCCAAGACGAACAACAGCAGCAACAAGACCAAGCCGCCGCCGCCGCCGCCGCCGGCGAGGCACCCCCGCCACCUCCUCCUCAAACGUCGUCGGCGCUGUCCCAGGCGCUCGCCUCCACAGCGAACCUCGCGAACCUGCUCCCCACCGGCACUCUCCUGGCCUUCAACCUCCUGGCCCCGACCUUCACCAACCACGGCGCCUGCGACGCGACGACGUCGCUCCUCACCCGCUGCCUCCUCGCCGUCCUCGCGCUCGCCAGCGCGCUGGCGUGCUUCACCGACUCCCUGAAAUCCCCGCACGACGGCCACGUCUACUACGGCGUCGCCACGCGGACCGGGCUCUGGCUCAUCGACUACCCGCCCGACGCGCCGCCGCUGCCGACGACGACGGCUAGCUGCAGGUACAGGCUCGCCUUCAUCGACUUCGUGCACGCCGCGCUGUCCGCCGCCGUCUUCGGGGUCGUCGCCGCCAGGGACAGGGACGUCGUCGCGUGCCUGUGUGGCCCCACGCCCCGCAGGGAGACCAAGGAGCUCAUCGACGUCCUGCCGCUCGGUGUUGGCGUGCUCUGUAGCCUCCUCUUCGUCGCGUUUCCCACUAGGCGCCACGGCAUCGGAUACCCCGUCGUCGUCGUUGCCAACGGCGCCGCCAACUCGUCUUAAUUAAUUUCUUAUUAUUUCUUUUAUUGUACUACUGGAUAUAAUACUCCUCCUAUUUGGAUAUAUAUAUAUAUAGAGAGAGAGAGAGGAAGAAAAAAGAGAGGGAAUCAUCAUACACACACUCAAACUGAUUGGUUGUCCAUCACGAUCACCACUCUGUAAGCUGUACUGAAUAUACAUUCAGUUUGAUUUCAAGAUUUAAUUUAUUGUAUAUUACGUACAUUAUUGUA